AUUGAGAAUUGCUUACAAUUGUACCAUUUUGAAAUAUUGAAGGAGGUAGAUAGGUAGAAUGCAGGUAAAAUAGGUAGAUCUACCAAAAAGUAGGUAGAUGUUACAACACUGGCACUUGUCCUGUCCAGUCCAGGCAAUAAAACAAAAAGAAGGGAGAUUGUAGUUGUCAAAGAGCAUAUAGUUGUCGCAUAACGCAUUCAUUACUCGACAAUCGUCAUAUUUUGAUAAAAGUGUUAGUAUUUGUCCUUUGCUUACGUGUACACAUUGCAAAAAUAAAGAACUAUAAGACCAAGAAAUAAGGCCUAAACAAUGGGUAAAGGGAAAAAGAAAGGAGGCAAAGGGAAAGAUGAAGAGCCAGAGGUCCCCUCUAUUAGUUCCUUGUCUCUUAGUGAUGUACCUUCUACAUCACAAUCUGGGGCUCAGGCAGAAGAGGAGGGUACUGGUUUGACGUCUGCUGCUGCUAAGAGAAAGGCAAAGAAGGCCGCUAAAGCAGCACCCCUGGAGGGGUCAAAACCUCGCUCUGCGCCUGUGAUAGCCCCUGUAUCAGAGCCAGAGUCCGAGACGCCUAAGCCAGCACCAGAACUGGUCAAACCAGUUGAGGAAAAGAAGGCGAAGAGUGAGGAGAAGGAAGAGGAAGGUGUAGGACUGGGAUUAGGCAUGGAAAGCAAGAGCAAGAAAAAACCUAGAAAGAAGAAGCCGUCAUUAGCCUCACAGGAGGCAGCUGCACCAGCCGGAGAAGUUCCUGCUGGUACACCUGCGCCACCUGGGCAUGGUGCUGCUGUAGCACCUGUAUUGCCAAGUCAAGCUGCUGCAUUUGGCCCUAUACCAGUAGGGCAAGCUCCUGCGUCAGGAGCUGUACCACAAGGACAAACUGUCGCUUUUGCUGCUGCUGCACAGGCUCAAGCACCAUGGGUUUCUGGGCGCGGUAUGGGCCGCGGGGUGCCGCCUGGUCCACCUGGAGGUUUACCACAAGCCGGACCGCCGGUCGGCUGGCCUGGCGCGCCGGGCGCCCCAACAGGCUAUGCUCGCCAACCAGGGCCUCCAGGCCCUCCAGGGCAGGCGCAGCCUGGGCCACCGGGAUAUGUGCAACAACCAAGCCCCCCAGGAUAUGUGCCUCAACCAGGCCCACCAGGAUAUGUGCCACAACCAGGCCCACCAAGAUAUGUGCAACAACCAGGUGCACCAGGAUAUAAUCAGCCUUCGCCAUCAGGUUUUGGUCAGGCCAGAACGCCACCGCAGCAGCAGGUGCCGCCGCAGCAACCGCAGUCCGCGCGCCAAACCACGCCCCCUGCGGCGCCUGGCCCGCAAGGAGAUAGGCCCGGCUCGGCCUCUAAAACCGUGUGCCGGUACAAAAUACCUUUGAGGAUCGAAGGAAACUCCGUUCCCUGUAGGCCUGUUAAGGUGUUGACUAAUUACUUGGAAAUGAAGAUUUCGCCACUUAAAAUAUAUCGCUACGACGUUACGUACAAGCCGGACAAGCCCAAGAAAAUGAUUUCUCCCGUAUUUAUAACGAUAAGGAAAAAAUAUUUCCCUAAAGAACUAAUUGCAUUUGAUCAGAUGAAAAAUUGCUACUGCCUAAAGCCCUUACCGAAUGUAUCCGACACAGACCGUUAUGCUAUAACGGACGAAUAUAUCGAUGGAAAUGGAAAGAAAAUGCCUGUGGAAGUUUCUUUCAAAUUUACUGGAAUAGUGGAUCUCGGUACUAUACUCACGUACAUGAAGACAGGAGCCAGCUCAUUGAACCCGCCUACUGAAGCCAUUCAGUGCAUCGACGUAAUCUUACGACAGGGCACAUUGGAGUCUUACAUAAAGGCGGGUCGGCAGUUCUUCAAGCGACCGUCGCGUCCGAUCGACCUCGGGGAUGGCCUGGAGAUGUGGACGGGCAUGUUCCAGUCUGCGAUUUUCACCACGCGCCCCUUCAUCAAUGUCGAUGUCGCUCACAAAGGAUUCCCUCGAGCGCAGCCCCUCGUGCAGGCUCUGAUCAACGACUUCAGGCUUAACACCAACGAUAAAGUGGAAAACCAGCGAAGCAGAGCCGUGGCUUCCUUCCAGGCCUUUGUCAAAGGACUCAAGGUAGUCGCGUAUAUCGGCGGAGACACGUCGGCCGGCGGGCAGAAACGCGAGUUCAUCGCCAACGGCCUCUCGGACUCUCCUAGCAGGCUGAAGUUCCCCAUGGACAUCGGCGGCGGCAAGACUAAGAUCGUCACUGUCGCCGAAUACUUCGCCAAGGAAAAGGGAUACAGGCUGCGCUUUCCCAAUUUAAACUGCGUGUCGGUUGGCCCAAAGGAUAAAAACAUAAACUACCCCAUGGAGCUCCUGGAAGUUGCAUAUGGACAGGCCCGCAACCGACAGCUGAAUGAGAUCCAGCUGUCGACGAUGGUGCGGCAGGCCGCCACGCCCCCUGACGAGCGCAAGCGCAAGAUCGAGGAGGUCAUCAAGGAUAUGGACUAUUCGCGCAAUAAGGAUUUCAAACAGUUUGGUUUGGAGAUUUCCGAUAAGUUUUUCCCAGUUGACGCGAAAGUCCUGGCUCCACCCAGGCUGGAGACCGGCAGUGGCAGCGUCGAGCCUAGAAAUGGCUCGUGGCAAGCCAACAGGUUGCUGAAGCCCGAGGCUCUGCAAAACUGGGGCUUCAUUAUGAUCGAGCCUGACCCGAGGACCCAGUUAGACCCCGCCAAUAUCAUCUCACUGAUGAUGAGUUGCGGACGUCAAAUGGGCAUGACCGUGUCGGAGCCAUCGGUCAAAGCCUUCAAUAUGAGAAUGCAAGAGCUGCGAAAUGCGUUAUUGAAGUGCUUGGAUGACCAAGUCAAGUUCCUGUUCAUCAUUGUGCCCACCAGGGGACACGACUACUACCAUAGGGUGAAGCAAAUGGCGGAGCGCGACGUGGGCAUCCUGACCCAGUGCAUAAAGGAACAGACGGCCUCCAAACGCAUGAAUCCGCAGACCGCGCGUAAUAUCCUGCUUAAGGUUAAUUCCAAGUUGAUGGGUAUAAAUCAAGCCCUGGACAACAGAAGCGUGCCCAACUGCCUCAGAGACGGCAGGGUGAUGGUGGUGGGCGCUGACGUUACCCAUCCAUCUCCGGAUCAGACCUCGGUGCCAAGCAUUGCUGCGGUAACAGCGUCCAUCGAUCCAAAAUGCUUCAUGUACAAUAUCGGAUUGAGUAUUCAAACUCCUAAGAAAGAAAUGAUCGUCGAGUUCGAGGAUAUGAUGGUCGAACAUCUGACUAUUUACAAGCAACGCAACGGAUUUUUGCCGACAAAAAUAUAUGUAUUCCGUGACGGCGUGUCCGAGGGACAAUUUGCUCAGGUGAUGAACAGCGAGCUGCUGGCCGUGCACAAGGCGUACCAGCGGAUGGCCGGGCCCGCGGCCAAGCCGGAGGUGUUGUUCCUGCUGGUGCAGAAGCGGCACCACACCAGAUUGUUUACGGGUGAAAAUAAUCCGAAAAAUGUGGAGCCUGGAACCGUGGUGGAUAAACACAUUGUCCAUGCCACUGAACUGGACUUUUACUUGGUAUCGCAUCAAGCCAUCAAAGGCACCGCGCGUCCCACGCGCUACCACGCCGUGUGCAACGACGGCAACUUGAAGCACGACGAGGUGGAGCAGCUCACGUACUACCUGUGCCAUCUGUACUCGCGCUGCAUGCGCUCCGUGUCCUACCCCACGCCCACGUACUACGCGCACCUCGCCUGCUUGCGAGCUCGCUCGCUCACCUAUGAAGAGAAGUUCGACAACGCUCGUCUGGAGCGCGAGCCGCGCCGCCUGCGUGUGCUGGACAAGAUGCUGUCCUACAGUCGCAUGUUCUUUGUUUAGACCGAAAAAGGUCGAACUUGUCAACACUGCGGCGCAUGCUACGCACCAAUUUGAGUCACGUUAGUACUCACGAAUAAUGUAAAGAUCAUAUGUGGAUUAGCGAGGAGAGAAGUAGAACGUGUGUUGUGUAGCCGUGCGCCGCGGUGGGUAUCCGCCUUCAUUGGGAAAACUGUGAAUACAUAAGUAUAUAGUAAAACUGGUUUGCCGAAAUGUAUCAAUCAUAAUUGAUGAUUGAAUCAUGAAAAUAUCUUUAAGUGUCCUUUACACAGCCUUAGAAAACGCAUAUAAUCAGAUAAUGUAUACAAUAAUAUUUUCUAUACUACAGAGUAAUUAACCCUUGCAUUUUGGCAUCUGAUAUCGAUGAUAUUCGGAUCGAGUCAAGACUGUCGUCCUUUUCUUAAAUGUAUAACGAUUGUAUUUAAUGACGAAUAUAUUUUAUCAAGUAUA